AUGCGAAUCAUUCAAUCACCCAGAGAGUCUGUAAACGAAGAAAUCGUCGCUCUGGCGCUGGCCUGUUGUUCUCGUGCCCUUCUUUGGCGCCUUUUCCGGCUUACACAAACUGGUUUGGGCGAGUUUUCCAACUUCCCCGAUGGAGGAGACUCUGAUUUUUUGACCGGACCCACAUCGAUCUCCGCUGUUGAUGGAUUCGAUGUGGCUGCCGAGGUGGAGCAACGUGCAGAGCUGCGCGAACUGCGACACAUGCUGCAUCAGUUUAUGAGUCUUGUAACAGAAGCCUACUUACCAACCAAAGAGGCCACCGCUCAGGCCACUAAGCCGCUUCCUCCAAAAUCUGUUGCAGUUGAAGCAUAUCUGGCGGUCUGUGACCUGUUGGUAGUAUUUUCCAGACAUUUGGGCACUCAGCAGCCAGGCCUCAAGGCUUUGGCUUACCAGGCCGAUAAACGUUUUGAGGAUGGUCUCAUUCAUUUUCUCGAGGCUCGCGUUUUUGUUGCUGAUGAUGUAAGUGCCAUAUUUGCUGUAUCAGUUUCCAUCUAA